UUACCGCUCUAUUUUGACAGCUGUCGGCCAUUUUUAAAUACCCUGUUGUUGUUGUUGUUGUUGUAGCUGUCAAAAAAAAAAAAAUCACAACACAAUACAAAAGCGCAUGAACGAAAACAUCCCCUUCUAAAAAAAGGGGAUGAUGGUGAUUUAUGUGCUCUGCGCGUCUGGUGCUCCUGUUUCAGCCAUAUGUCCAAGAUAAUAUUGCAAAAAUAAAAAAAUAACAUGUAUCUGGAGUAGAUGCUGCUUCGGGGGACAUGUUCCCAGCACUAAAAAAUUUUGCAAAUCUCAAGUGAAUUAUUCUACAAGUAAACUUGUUAUUGUCAAUUUGUUUUUUUUACUUUUUCAACUCUAAAAUAUUGUCCAAUUAUAAAUUAAACAAGUGUGCAAAUAAUUUCAUUAAACAAAGACUAAAUAAAUUUUUUAUAAUUAUCCAUUUCUAACUUUAUUCAACACACCAAGUGAAGUGAAAUAAUUGAUAGUACUGUUUGUGUGAUUGGUGACGAAACCAACUAUCGAUUGAUUGCUUUUUUUUUUUUUUAUUUUCUAAUUUAUAUUAAUCUAUUUGUUCUAAUUUAAAUUAUAAAAAACAAGCUAAAAUUAUACAUUCUUUAUCUAAUUCAAAUUAUAAAAACAAUAAAAAAAAAAAAUGUUGGGAGCUGUAGCAAUGACAGUAUCACUAAGAAGAUGUUUUUAUUUAUCAGCAAUGGUAUUUUUUUUGUCAACUCUAAUGGCAAUGGUGAUAAUAAUAAAACUAUCACCUCUAGAAUCAGUUAAAUGUCAACAACAAAAAUUAAUAACAACACCAACAAUUGAAUGGUCAAAUGCAAAUACAGUAUCAUCAAAUUCAUUAAUAAAUAAUCAGCAAGAUGUCAUUGAUUUUGAUAAGAAUAAAUUACAAAAUAAAAUAUCAAGAUUAUCAUGGAAAAUGAGAAACAGGGUGUUGCCAUUAUUUGGAAAAAAUAAUAAUGAUACUCUAAUUGAUAUUAAUUAUAAUAUUCAUAUAUUUUAUUAUGCCUGGUAUCGUUCAAUGUCAUAUGAUGGAGUUUGGAAACACUGGAAUCAUCAGUAUCUACCAAAUUGGAAAAAAAAUGAUAAAAGAAUAUUUCCCGAGGGUACACAUAGACCACCAGCUGACAUUGGUGCUAAUUAUUAUCCUGCACUUGGUUGUUACAGUUCAUUGGAUCCAAUGGUUAUUGAUACACAUAUGAGACAAUUGAGAGAAGCUGGUGUUGGUGUUCUGGUUGUAUCAUGGAUACCACCAAAUAGUCCAGAUAAUACUGAUAUUGCAAUGCCAGAUCUUCUUGAUACUGCUCAUCGUUAUAACUUGAAAAUAGCACCACAUAUUGAACCAUAUCCAGGAAGAAAUCCAAUUAAUUUAAUUGAACAUAUUAGAUAUUUAUUUGGUAGAUAUUCAUCACAUCCUGCUUUACAUCGUGCAAGAAGAAACAACGAUGGUCCAGAGCUACCAGUUAUUUAUCUUUAUGAUUCAUAUGUAUUUCCUGAAGCAGCAUGGUUUGAAUUGCUAUCUGAACGUGGUAAUUUAACACUACGUGGUACAGAAAUUGAUGGUAUUUAUAUGGGACUGUUGGUUGAUUCACAACAUCGUAGUCAUAUUAAAAAAUCAAAUUUUGAUGGUUUUUAUACGUACUUUGCGACGAAUGGAUUUAGCUAUGGUAGCACAUGGAAAAAUUGGAAAGAUUUAAAUAAAUUUGCAAUUAAAAAUGGUCUUAUAUUUACACCAGCUGUUGGUCCUGGUUAUAUUGAUACACAAGUACGUGCAUGGAAUUAUGAAAAUACACGUCAUCGUAGACAUGGUAAAUAUUACGAAUCAUCAUGGAAAAAUGCUAUUGAUAGUGGUGCUAAAAUAAUAACAAUAACGUCAUUCAAUGAAUGGCAUGAAGGUACACAAAUUGAACCAGCUAAAUCAGCAAGUACCAAAGAUUUUACGUAUCUUGAUUAUGAACCAGAGGGACCCAAUACGUAUUUGAAUCUUACCAAGUGGUGGAUUCAACAAUUUACCAAUUAUAAUAAUUAAAAAAAUAUUAUUAUUUUAACUUUUUUUCGAAUUUCGAUUUUCUAAUACUUUUUCUAGCUGGAAUUUUUCGUUUUUUUUUUAAAUUCAUUUAAUUAAACACGUCAAUUCUGUGAUAUUAUAUUUCAUAUAAAUAAAUUUUUAUUUUUUAUUUUAUUCGUAAAUCUAUCAGUUAAAAAAAAAAAUUAAUAAAUUAUUUUUUUUUUUUAAAUUACUUUAUUUAUUUAUUGAUGAAAAAAAAAAAAAAAAUUUUUAUUAUUAAAGUGCUUUUUGCCGUUGUCGAUAUACGGACAAUAAAAAAAAAAAAUUGACGGCUUUUGUCUUGAUGUCUCUUAAUUUUUUACAGGGUAAUUAAAAAUUAAAAAAUUUAAAUAUAAAUUUUUUUAGAUUUUAAAUUGUAUAGAUGAUUUAAUUAAUUGAUUUUUUCUUUGUUUUAUUUAUGUCUGUUUUUGAUGAGAAUAAAUAGUAUGAUGUUUAUUUUUAAGACAUGUAACGAAUCAACAUAUCAAUGUUGUCAAGGAAUAAAAAAAUUUGGCAGGUUUUAAAAUUUAAAAAUUAUAAUUUGAUGAUAAAAAAAAACAAUGACAAUACACGUCGAUUUUAGAAUUUGUAAUUGAGGAUAAUAUUUAAAAUUGAAUUUUUAAUAAUUAAUAUUAUGAUUUUUAAUUUAAUUGUAUGUAAAUUUUUUAAUAUUUGUAUUAUUUUUUUAUAGCAUCUAUUUAAUGAUAUUUAUCAUUAAUUAUUUAUAAUUAAUACGUUUAGAAAUUAAUUGUAUAUGUACAUGUAAAGCAUCAAUUUAAAAUCAUCAUUUAUCAUUGUCUGAUGAAAUAAAAAAUUAUAAAAUUAAAA